AUGCCUCAGCUAUCCAUUACUCCACCAUGCCUCAGCUAUCCAUUACUCCACCAUGCCUCAGCUAUCCAUUACUCCACCAUGACCACCAUGACCUCAGCUAUCCAUUACUCCACCAUGACUCACCCAUCCACACUCCACCAUGACUCAGCCAUCCAUUACUCCACCAUGACCCAGCCAUCCAUUACUCCACCAUGCCUCAGCUAUCCAUUACUCCACCAUGCCAGCUAUCCAUUACUCCACCAUGACUCAGCUAUCCAUUACUCCACCAUGACUCAGCUAUCCAUUACUCCACCAUGCCUCAGCUAUCCAUUACUCCACCAUGACUCAGCCAUCCAUUACUCCACCAUGACCUCAGCCAUCCAUUACUCCACCAUGACUCAGCCAUCCAUUACUCCAUCCAUUACUCUAUCCAUUACUCCACCAUGCCUCAGCUAUCCAUUACUCCACCAUGACCCUCAGCUAUCCAUUACUCCACCAUGA